AUGCACUGGGAGCACUGCGACAAAGAGGUGGUCGUGGAGGGAGGGCCGGUGGCUGUGCCGGCCGUCGUUCGGCUGCGUGCCCCUGUUGGGUUAUCGAUGCACCGGCCCCCGUCGGGUGACGCGCACGCCAUUGAGCUGGGGCAGACAAGUGGCUCGCACAAGAGCGCCGAAGCCGUGCCUUUGCCGCAGUUGGAGUCGCCCGCCGUUUGCAAUAGUACGGGCCACUGUAACGUUCCGCCCUCGCGUCCGCCACCCCCGACAGUACGACGGCAUGAAACAAGCGCGCCUUCUGCAGUCUUCGAGCAGCGGGUAGCGCGACUAGUGUGCCUCGCCGCCGCCACCGCCGCCGCCGCCGACAGCCCCGAUCCACACGCGGAAAAGACGCGCAAACUUCACCGAACUUUUUCACGUCGCCUUCGCGGACUUCCCACCGCUCCCAUUCAUGUGAAUCGCCUGCCGCGACGCACAAGGUUUUUAUUGGAAGCGGCAACGGUACGCGAGAACACCGCGAAGAUGUUGACCAUGUCGACGCUGAUGAUGCCGGCCCCGGCGAUGACCGCCGCCACCAUGUCCACUCCCGGCCUUCUGCCGGUGCCCAGCAAGCUGGAAGUUGCCGGGAAGUUGACCAUCAACCACGCGGCUCCGGCCAACAAAGCAGAGCAUCAUCAUAUCUUCGUAGGGGACUUAAGCCCAGAAAUAGAGACACAAACACUACGGGAUGCUUUUGCUGCGUUUGGGGAAAUAUCGGAUUGCAGGGUAGUAAGGGACCCACAAACUUUAAAAUCAAAAGGAUAUGGUUUCGUCUCAUUUAUUAAGAAAGCGGAAGCUGAAAGUGCGAUCGCCGCAAUGAACGGACAGUGGCUUGGAAGCCGGAGCAUUCGAACGAACUGGGCAACUAGGAAACCACCGGCUCCAAAAAACGAAGUGAAUACCAAACCGCUAACGUUCGACGAGGUCUACAACCAAAGCAGUCCGACCAACUGCACAGUGUACUGCGGAGGCAUAACAAACGGACUGACAGAGGAGCUCAUGCAGAAAACAUUCGCUCCCUUUGGAACAAUCCAAGAAAUAAGGGUAUUCAAGGAAAAGGGAUAUGCGUUUGUUAGGUUUUCCACAAAGGAGUCGGCCACACAUGCAAUCGUAGCAGUGCACAACACGGAUAUCAAUGGGCAAAUCGUGAAAUGUUCAUGGGGGAAGGAAUCCGGCGAUCCCAAUAAUGCUCCGGUGGCUGGACAGGCUAUUGCUGGAACUAGCUUCCCAUACAGCGCGUACGGUCAACAGCUCGGCUACUGGUACCCUCAGAGUUAUCCGGCGGCUAGUUCCGCUCAAAUGCAGGGUCAAUUCCUGGGAGGCAUGCAAGGGUACGCCUACGGACAGUUUGGAGGAUACCAGCAAUCCUACAUGGGAAUGGGACUACAAGUACCGACAGCAGCUACGGCAUGGCAAGGCAUUCCCGCCCAGCCGCAAAUCCCAGCGACGCCACAGCAGAUGACAGCUCCGACUGCAACGCUCCAACAACCUGGCAUCGUUUUCCCCAUCCAGCAGUAUCAAAUAGGAGAGGACGACUGGCUCACUCCUAGCCUGCUGGUGUGAACCGAGUGCGCCCAAAAAACAAACAAGCAGCAAAUGUAUUGGCGCAGGCGCAAAAUCAAGGUAG